AUGAGCAAUGUGAAUUAUCAGCAAUUACCUUUCUUGUUUCAAGGUGUUCCCCCAACCUAUCAUCCAUCAUAUUCUAGUUUUACUCCAAUGUCUACUCCCACUGGGGUUUCUCAUCCUACUCAUACAACAAAUAUACCUUUGCGAGAAUUUCCUGAGUACUCCACUCAUGAAAUGUCAACACCUCAAGAAACACGACCACCAGGCAUAUUGAAAACUCGAUGGACAAAUAAGGAUGACAUGAUGUUAUGCAGCGCAUGGCUCAACAUUAGUAAAGAUGCUGCAGUUGGAAAGGAUCAAAGUGGUAAUAGCUUUUGGAAUCAAGUUGUAGAAUUUUAUAAUCUGUACCGGAGCCAACCUGAGCAAGCCAAAAAGAAUAAAAUGGGAUUGCAGAAUCGUUGGGGGAGGCUAAAUCAUUCAGUUUCAAAAUUCGCCGGCUAUUAUGAAUAUAUUUUGCAUCGGAGGGAAAGUGGCUUAAAUGAGGCUGAUAAAAAAAAUAGGGCCAUGCAAUUAUAUCACGAGAUUGAGAAGGAAAGUUUUAUGUUUUUGCAUGCUUGGGAAGUGCUAAGGAAUGAAGAGAAAUGGUGUAACCAAGCUGGGAGUGGCAUUGAUGUUAACUUAACCAGAGAUGAACGUCCAAAGCGAACGAAAAAUACGGAGUCAGGUAAAUACACAUCUUCAUCAUCAAAUUCACAACCAAGUGAGACACCAUAUGUGGGAGGGUCUAGCUCUCGUCCCAUGGGAAGGGACGCUUCUAAGGCGAAAGGAAAAAGAAUGCAAUCAACAACACAGUCAACGGUAUCAAAAAGUUUGGGCGAGCAAGUUGAAACGCAAGUUAGUGUGGAAAUGGAAAAAAUAAACCUCAUGAAACAAUAUAUGAAGCGACAAGAAGAAAAGCUGCAACAACAACAACAAACUGAGAAAAAUAAACUUCUCAUUCAGUUUAUGCAACUAGAUACAUCAAGUAUGAAUGAAACGCAAAAACAAUUGUACGAUAAGCAAAUGAAGAAGUUUUUAGAUGAGUAA